UUUACGCGUAACUAGCCUAACAAUUAUUUAUCUCUAGUUUACUUUGUUAUUUAAAUUAACAAUGAGUUUAGUAUUAUUAUUAUUUACUAUUUUAGGAUCAGUUUCUAAUAUUUAUUGCAGUAUUGAUGUUGAUACUAAUGGAUACAUUGCGUACUGUCCUUGCAUGGGUCGGUUUGGAAACCAAGCUGAUCAUUUUCUGGGAGCCUUAGGUUUUGCCAAAGCAAUUAACCGGACAUUAAUUUUACCACCAUGGGUCGAGUAUCGCACCGGAGAAAUAGGAUCCAAACAAGUGCCUUUUGAUACGUACUUUAAUGUCACAGAAGUGAAAAAGUGUCAUAAAGUAAUGUUGAUGGAAGAAUUCAUGACUGAACUGGCGCCGAUUAUUUGGCCGUUGUCUGAAAGGAUAUCUUUUUGUUACUCAUCUCGUGGUAACUCGGAAUCAUGCAACGCAAAGGAAGGAAAUCCUUUCGGACCAUUCUGGGACAACUUUAACGUCGACUUCGUCGGUUCUGAAUUUUACGGACCAUUCCACUACGACGUUCACCACACAGACAUCGCCAAUCAGUGGCGGAAAAAAUACCCCGCGGUAUCCUGGCCAGUUUUAGCAUUCACAGGAGCUCCAGCUAGCUUUCCCGUUCAAUUGGAGAAUAAAAGCCUCCAGAAGUGCGUCGUAUGGAAUGACGAGAUGCUCAAUAAAGCUAAAAAGUUUAUCAAAGGAUCUUUACCUCCUGGCGCCUUUGUAGGAAUUCACUUGCGCAAUGGAAUCGAUUGGGUACGAGCUUGUGAAUUCAUAUCGAGCUCUCCGAAUCUCUUCGCAGCAGCCCAGUGCCUUGGUUAUCGCAACGAGCGUGGCAAAGCCACUGAUUCUAUGUGCCUUCCGUCAUUAGAAGUAAUUCUCAAGCACCUGAAACGAGUGAUCAGAAACGGAAAGGACAUAAAAAGCGUCUUUGUCGCCUCGGACAGCAAUUACAUGAUCGAAGACUUGACCAACAAUCUCUCGAGAAUGAAUAUCAGCGUACACAGACAGCCCGAGCCAGCUUCUCCUCAUAUAGACCUCGCGAUCCUAGGUCGCUCAAAUUACUUCAUCGGGAACUGUAUUUCUUCCUUUACGGCUUUUGUUGCUCGUGAACGUGAGGUCAAAGGAUAUCCAACAUUUUUCUGGGGCUUUCCUCCUGAACGACCUGCUACAACUACUCCACGCACAGAGUUGUAAUUUAAUUUCUUCCAUAACAUUUUUUAAGACAUUAAAGUUAGCAGUCACUUGAC